CCUUUCGUCUUUUUUUCUUUUUGGGACUCUACUAAAAAAGUAUAGACACCACGAACGGACUUUCCGGAGUUGCCCAAAAUCCAAUUCUUGGUGGAUUUUGCAUAGGGAAGAGAUUUUAUGUAGGAGAUUGUCAUUGCCGACCUAGCAUUCCCCUGCAACGCCACCAAAUCGAUCAAUUCGGACCCGGGAACGAGACAUCACGAUGGGGAAUUUCGAACCGCUCAUGAGCUUCAAUUUGCCAGAGCUUUUGGCUGUGGACUUGGAAGCGUCGGAGGAGGUUUUUACAUCGAGACAAUUAACUGCUGGGGCCCCGGCGCCUGCACUAGCUGACGAUGGGAGCAAGAGACGAUAUUCAUUGCAGGACAGUUCGCUGUGCGCGGCCCCUUCAUCCCUGUCCUAUCAUCUGGACUUGAUGUCGAGGGCUAAGUCGUUACAAAAUGCGCAUGAGAAGGAAACACAGUUUCUAUCUAUCCAUCGCAAGUCGGAACAAAACAAUAGCGAUUCCGACACGACUAGUAGUGAAUCAUCCGGUGUCUUGAUGCCACCACCAUCAAUUGGCACGCGGGAUGCAUCGAUUGCCACAGCAGCCACAUCAGUAACCUCGGAAAGAAUGGAGCCGUCGAACCAAUUAAAGCUUGUGAUACAAGACAAGAAGCAAGCUGGCGAGAGUUGGAUGGAUUUUGAUGUUGAUGAUGCAAAUUCUCCAGACCGAAGGUACAAUAGCAUGAUCAAUCUCUCGUCACCUGCACAUCAUUUGCGACGUGACCUGGACGAGUCAAGGAGUAUGUCACUCAACUCAGCUUUACCACGCCCCAAAUCGGCUGCUCUUCCUCCAACGUCACCUCCCAGCGUAAUAUCUUUAGGUACGCCUGAGCGACAAACUUAUAUGAAGAAGCCUUUGGCAAGUCCUACCUCAAUUCCAACGCGACGCUCUUCUUUAUUACACCGAAAUUACCCAGUACUUCCGCAGAUUAAUGUUUCACCGUCUCGACAAAGUUCAUCGUCUCAACCACCACCGCCACAUUCCGACGGCGGUCCAGCAACCCCAGAUCUCAACAUGCCGUCUUCAGCCCCGCCUCGAUUGUUUCGUAGCGAGAUGAACCGGCAUGUGAGCGAUGACGCUGACGAAGCAGAUGAUAGGAUGGAUUUACCUUCAGACUUUAACUUGAUAGCAAAUGAUGGUGGGCGGAUUUCACGAGCAGAAAGUGCCCAGCAUCCAGAAAUCGCCCCGGCCGGAAUCGAUGUCGAAUCUUGGUUGGAGUCUAGUGUCGACAACUUUCCUUAUUAUGCUCGAACUGGGGCAGAUGGUGGGCAUACUCCCUUACCACUCCCACCAGAGGUUAUCGAUACGCUCCGAGUUUCGAUAGCAUGUUUCCCGGAAACGAUGCUCCAGUGCUCUAGCCUUUCUAUCGAGACCAUACGUGGUCAUUCGAGAAAACUUAGGUACAGGGGCACGAGCCCCGCGAGCUUAUAUUCAGAAUCACCUACGUCAGUAGACACAUCAGAGCCAGCAAAGUCGUCGAAAUGGAAGUGGUUGCCUCUGAAGAGACUGCCAUCAUCUCCUACCCGAACACCACCUAGUCCACAACAAAAUAGCCUGGUGGAGAGUAUAGAAUCAAGAUUUAGUCCAACAUGGCCUAGAAGACCAGAUUGGACAGCGAUUCAAAAUCUCUUCCCUACCUCGUCUGAUUACCUCUGCGACGCUCUCUAUGCUCAUAUAGUAGCAUAUAAUUAUAUUACUUCCUUAUGUCCUCGGUCAGUGCUUGCCAAUCCAAUAUCAAGACCCAGCUCCAAGUCUUCGGUGGUAUCGGAUAUGAGCCUCGAGCUUUCUAUCGACCUCCGCACUUCUAUCGAUAUGCGAUCUUCCACCUCCGACGGUACCGCGAUCCCGCUCAAGGCAGCAAGCUUGCUUGGUUUACAAGAAGACCCGAACGCGCCGAUUCCCGAGCCCCCUUCUUCACGAUGCAACACACUUCGCAGCAAGAGAUCCUUUUUCGUGUUACCGAAGUCCCAUUCAUUCCACGAGUCCAUCAGACCCACGACAUCAAAUGGCUUUGGCGGCCGCCGCCCAACGCCACCUGACCACAGCGAGCAGUUACUACGAGACCUACGACUUGGCCUUGCUAGGUGCAUCUCGAGACUUGUUGCCACCUUACGGACGUCCAACUGUGGCCCGGCUUCGGGUACCGAUGGAGGAAAGCCGAGGCGUGAAGAAGAUCCCGAUUUUAUGCGAGCACUAUGUGAAAUCGUGCGCCUUUCCGAAGAGAGAUAUAUGUUCUAAGAUCAAUCCUUUGCACUGGCAACACUACGAAAUAAAGAAAAAAAAGUUCUUUCAGCAAAAAAUCAAUUCUUGCGGGUUGAAUAGCAGGCAGGCGGCUUUUAGGCACUGUCUACCUUUUCCUAGGUCUUACUAGCAUUACCAGAGGCCCUCUGGCCCCUCUACGAAAUAAUUCGU